AUUAGGUUUUGGUACUAAAUCCCUAAAACCCUAGAAAAUACAAUCCCUCUUAGAAACAGAGAGCUUCUUCUUCUCCUUCUUCUCCAAAUUCAGUUUACUCUCUCUCUUCCCCCAAAGAUGCGACCUUUAGACGAGACCGAGACGACCGUCGUCUUUGAGAAGCUCUUCAAAUUCGUGGGCAACAACCUCAAGAAGAUCGUCGAGAACCCAUCAGACGAAGGACCCGAAUCAACACCCGGAAGCUACUGCUUCCGCCUCCAGAAGAACAGAGUCUACUACGUCAGCGACGCGCUCGUGAAGCGAGCCACGAACAUCUCCAGGAAAAACCUAGUCUCUCUCGGAACCUGCAUCGGCAAGUACACCCACGCCGGUAGCUUCCAUCUGACGAUUAUGUCGCUCAAUAUCUUGGCGGCGAAUGCUAAACACAAGGUAUGGCUCAAACCCACUUCGGAGAUGUCUUUCCUUUACGGGAACCAUGUGUUGAAAGGAGGGUUAGGGAGGAUUACUGAUAGUAUUGUUCCUGGAGAUGGUGUUGUUGUGUUCUCUAUGUCUGAUGUUCCGUUAGGGUUUGGUAUUGCGGCUAAGAGUACGCAGGAUUGUAGGAAAUUGGAUCCCAAUGGUAUUGUUGUGCUUCAUCAGGCUGAUAUUGGAGAGUAUUUGAGGGAUGAAGAUGAGCUUUGAGGGGUUUUUAAAGGGCUUGUCUUUGUUGGAAAUGUUUGUUUUAAGUUUAUGUUAGUCGGGUCUUGAACUCAGUAGCUUGAUUCUGCUUGUUCUAAGUUAUAAGGUAUGUAGCGGUUGUUACAAGUUUUGUUGAAACUAUGGAAAGUCUCCAUUUUUAUGAAUCUGUUUUAAGGUGUUGUUGAUGUUUUUGUGAGUGUUUUUGGGUAUGUAAACGCUCACAUACAUACGCUAAUUAUCAAUUCGGUAAGCUGAUGAUUAAGAUUUGUGUUGGAAACU